AUGUUCGUCUGGCCACUGCCUCUGGGAGAGUUCCACGAACUCUUCGGAACCAUCGAGGACGCGAUGAUGACGGUCAUGAUGCGCAGGCUCGGCAUCUCCCACAGGGCGUUGGGCAUACAGGCCGCCGAGACUUGGACGCCCGAGCACGGCGUGACGGAGCAGGAGGCCACGGGCAGGGCGUACGACGUGCAGUCCAAGGUGUUGCAAGACAAGGUGGCAAACGGAGAGACGGUCAACUUCGAGGAGGGGGGCCUACGCCAUGUGGCGGUCUUUGCGGCGUCGGUCAAACUGUGGGGAACGGAAGGCAAGCUGAGCAACAAGGAGCUGACGAAGGGCUUCGCGGCUUUGUGGAGCGACGUGGUGAUGACUCGCUCUCCACAGCAGCUGGCAGCUUUGGUGCCAUACUUCCGAUGGGAGGUGAACAAGGGCAAGCCCGACAAGGGCAAGGGCAAGGGCACGGGCGGCAGCACGCAGGAGCAGCAGGAGCAGCAGCAGCAGUCGGCGGCGCUGCUCGGCGAGGCAAUGGCGGACAUCAAGGGGGUGUACAAGGUUGGGUCGGGGAGGCCUCGCGCCACGCUGGACUUGUCGGCGGAGCCGCCGAACGGUGUGGCCGGCCUGGGCGAGGGCUGCCUGCGCACCUGGCCGCAGCAGGAGCCGUCGUGGCCGCUGGUCGGCGAGGCCCGGCUCGGCGGCGUGGCGCGCGCGCGCAGGCCUGCGCGGCCCGGCGCGCGCUGGCGGGCCGCGGCCUGGUGCCCCGCGGUCGCGCUGCUGGCGUGCACGGGCGCGGGCCUCGCGGCCUGGCGCUCGCCGCGCACGGGGGCGGCCGGCGUCCAGGAGGCGCGGGUCGCACGCUUCGUCGAGGUGGCCCCAGGCUGCGCCGGUGGCGCGGCGAGCGUCGGGGCCGGUGCAGCCCGGAUCUGCGCUGCCCCCGCCCCGCUGCCGCUCGAGUGGGGGGACGAGGGCGCGGGCGUGCCAGCGCGGCAGCCGCAGGAGGACUCGCGGCUCCUGGAGCGCCUCUCGCAGCGCCUCGAGGGGCUCGACGCCCCAGGCCUCGGGGAGGCCCUCGGCGCCCUCGGGCGCCUGCGGCUCGUGGACGCGCGCGACGUGCUGGCCUUCCGCGAGACGUGGACGGACGAGGACACGGCCACGCUGCGGCGGCUGCAUGGCGGCGCGGGCGAGGGCAAGGCCGCGGCCGAGAGGCUCCUCGAGCGGCUGCCCAGCGUGCGGGACUUCGCGGACCUCGUGGGCGGGCAGCCCACCGCCAUGCUCAUCAACGCGGGGAAGCUCAAGUUCUCCGAGCUCGCAGUGGGAGCCGCGGCCAGGGACGUGGUGGUGUGCUUCAACGAUUUCGUCGGCGUCAGACCAAGCCCUGGACCAUCUCACACCAAGAUGGCGAUCCUGGAGGCGUGCGGCGCGCUCGGCUCUGAGACGCCAGACACCCUGCAGUUCGAGGUAGACAUCGCGGGAACGAUGGACGGCUACUGCAGCAUGUUUGACGAGACAGGCCAUGAGAAGAGUGGCCGGGUCGUUUACAUGUUCAGACCGACAGCCGCAUGUGCAUUACAAGCCGAUGGAGUUCGAUUCACUCCGGCCUUUCUGUUCUACUGGUUCGUCGGGCGCCUCUUCGGAGAGUUGGACAUGUUCGGCUUCGAAGAGCCCGACCUGAACGACCCAGACUAUUCGUUGCUGUUCUUCCAGCACCUCGUGUACACGACGGCAACAGAACCGACGCCCCCGUCACCAGAGCCGACGCCGGCAUCGCCGCCACCGUCGUCCGCGCAGGCACCGACGUUGAAGUCAUGGUCAUGGUCGAAGCUUCGGCCUUCGGCUCCCGCACCGCCGACGCCAACGCCUCCAACGCCCGCGCUUGAGCCUACCGCGCCUCCGACGAUGGCGCCUCCCAUGCCCACGCCACCGCCACCAGAGGCUGAGGAGGCCGACGGAGAGCCCACUGCAACGGCGACGACGGAGACCACGGGCACGAGCACCACGACCCCCGCGCCGCCGCGGGGCAGGUGUGCGGCGAUCGCGCGCGACGCCUUCGAGGGUUCCAUCGAGCGCUCUGGCCUUUGCCCCGAGCAGGCGGACUUCCAGGCCCCGCAGCACUUGACACGCGAGCGCAUUGCCACAUCGGAUGACGACCUCCUCAUGCGCCUGCGAGAGUACAUGGACGCGCAUGACGAUGAUCCGCGCAGGGAGAGAUUCGAAGAGGCACUGGCGGCGUUGGAGCGCUGGAAGCACAUCAACGCAGGAGACCUUCUGGCGUUCCGGGAGACAUGGACCCACGAGGACACCGAGAUUUUGCGCAGGCUGGACGACAGUGACGGCGGCUUUGCGGACGGCAGGCUCACCACGGAGGGCGUGCGACAGAAGUUGCCCACGGCGGCAGAUUUCACCUACCUGGUGAGGGAUCGUCCCGUCGCAAUCGUGGGUGCCGCGGAUGGACUGCAGGUAUCGGCGUUCGGGCCAGAGAUAGACCGUCAUCCCGUCAUUGUGCGCUUCAACGAUCACGUCAAAGAGCAUUUACGCCCCGAGACAACCGGUCUGAGGACCACGGUCCACGUUUCUUGCGACAUCGCGGAGCCUUUGCGCGACCCCGACGUGGCGGAGUUCGACAUGGAAACGUUGAAGCCUUGGGCGUCAUACUGCAACAAGAUGCACAGGGGCGGCCGCAUGAGCUUCCGAGGUCCCAACGUGACGCUCGGUUUCAUGAUUCGACCGACGGCAAUAUGUGCCCUGGGCACAGCUGCAGCCCAGUUCACCCGCGGGUUUCUCUUCUACUGGUUCGUCGGGCGCAUCUUCAACGAGGUGGACCUUUACGGCUUUGACGGGGACGGCCACUACGACAGCAGCGGGCAGGUUUGGGAGGGCUACUUGGAGUUCGAGCACCUGGUGUAUUCCCUUGCCGUGGCUGGCACCGGGCAUGGUUCCGACGUCAACCGCAGGACCACGAGCCAGUGGACCACCUCCACGACCACGUCGACCUCUGCGCCGCGUGACCCGGGUGACGUCACCGAGGUCUCUGUGGCGAAGGCGUGA